AUGGGUAUUGAUACAUCACCAGAAGCACGCUCUCUGUCCGAGUCCGGGACGUGGUUUCUUGAAGAUGAUUUCGAUGUCAGCGCUCUUGAUUUCUCGAUCACAUCGACGAUAUCAGAAUGGGCACAGCUCCCAAAUUUCUCCACAAAUUCUAGUCUGCCAUCUACCGACCAAGGCUUAUUUACCCCUAUGCAAAGCUCCGUGCCAGAAAUUGACCACGCGCAUGCCGAUGAAGACACAGUAAAGCGGAAAUGGUUUACGCACCUAUUACCAUCGAUGCAAAAACAGCCCAGUCAGGACUUUCCAGCGACUGGUCAAUCCUGGCAAGAUCAAACAAAUGCAAACGAGUCGUAUCGAGUUGGUCUUUCUCAGAAACUUCGUCCGCGCAUGGAGGAUGAGGCACUUCCAACUUCUGAACAGCUCAAUCUGUUUGCCAAACUUUACUUCCAUCGGUUUCAUCCACUCUUACCAGUGAUCCAUGCCCCCUCGUUUCGGCCCACUGCUGAAAACUCUUUGCUGUUCCUAUCGCUCUGUUCCGUUGGUAGUCUGUUUGUGGGAUCAUCGCGAGCAGUAUCUCAGGGAGCAAGAAUCUUUGAACGGCUCAACAAGGCCAUCUUGGCUUCCUGGGAGUCGUUCUUAUCGCAAAGCAAGCCUGAUGCAUUAUCGAUGGUCCAGGCGGCUAUUUUAGGACAGACUUAUGCUAUCCUAUCAGGGAAGCCGAAGUAUCUUGUCUUGGCAGAUGUGCUGCACGGGACCGUCGCCGCAUGGGCUCGUGAGGCGAAUAGACUUGGAUCCCACUGUCAACAAUCUCGGAAUCUGUCGAGUGAGACUGAUCUUGAGAGAAGCUGGCAUCUGUGGAUUGACAGUGAACAACGAGCUAGAGUCCAAGUAGCGUUAAAUAUUCACGACGCUGAACUUGUGACGCUGCUUCAUCAUCAGCCCAUUCGCAGUCAUCGAUUCCGCCAGUAUCCUCGCUUGGCAUCCGACGCUUUGUUUGCCGCACCAACAGCUUCAAAAUGGGCGGUACUUUAUCGGCAGUCUGCAGAAACGGAACCGGAAAAUCCCGUUUACACUCGACUAUCUCGCUCAUCAGAUCCAUUCCCGAGCACAGGGCUGAAAUCUCGCUUUACCGCAUAUGGUAUCCUCGAAAGUAUUAACGCUCGUCUCGUGGACGCCAAACAAUCCCAAGAAUUUGACCAUAUCAUCUGCCAUGAAAUCUCAAAUCUCCUAAUAGAAUGGUGGCAAACAUACUAUACAUCGAAUCGAGACCCAUUCUGUUUACCUGUACUAUGGCACUCGAUCUUUAUCUCCCUCUACGCAGACCUCGAUCUCCUAGAGCAAGCGAUUGGCCGGGACGGCCAAGGCCCUAGUUUGGAAGCUUCAACACCCGUCAGUGAGUGGGCAUGCUCUCUCAACGCCAGCCGCUGUCUUGUACAUGCAUCUCUAAUUGCACGCCACCUCGAUAACAUGAGCAUCUCUGCCGAGGCAGCUAUACAUGUUCCCCGCGCAGUAUUUUCAGCAGCCCUAUCUUAUUUAUGUGUUGCGCAAUACGCGCCCAAGCAUGUCGUGAGUGUCGAGGCUUUCGCGUCUCCAGAGAUCAAACUUUUAGGUGAAGAGGCUUCUAGUGGUGUUUUUUUUCCAGAGCUUGCUAGCAGCGGUGGGCAAGCCAUGGUUGCAGACUUGGAUCAUUUGUAUCGGUUGAUUGAUUUGUUGCAGCGGGGUGGUAGAUGGGGGAUAUCCCAGUCUUUUGCAAAUGUGCUUUCUACGGCGUUGGAGGAGGGGAAGGGUGGUAGUUCUUCUUUAUAG